AAUUUUGAGAAAAAUUAUUUCCGCGACUAUUCAGUGAAAUUUUGCUUCAGAAAGCCGUAAGAAAACUGAGGCAAAUGAAGCCUUAAUUCCAACAUUAUAAAGCAUUCCCUCCUCCAAAAGCUCACAUUAACUCACCCCAACCACCAUUUUAAGCUGCAACCUCUCAGUCCUCUACGAAGCCAACCAAGAAAAAAAAAGAAGGAUGGGAAUUGCAGUUAGCAGAUGCUACACCAAACACAUUGUUGAGCCAAGAGAGCUGAGAGCCAGAGUCUGUGUUUUAGAAGAGGAGAUAAAGGAGCUAAGAAGUGAGAAGGAGAAGAAUGAGCAUUUAUUUUCACUGCAGAGGAGAAAACACAAGGAGGAGGUGGCAAUGUUGAGGAGGAAGGUGGAGGAGGAAGAAGAAAUGGUGAGAAGAUUGGAGAUGGCGGCGGGGCAGCUGCCGCCGGCGACGGCAGCCAUUGGUGGUAAGGAAUGGGAAUGGCGGCCGCGGCUAGAGAGAGAUUACGUGGUUGAACGCAUGAGGGAGGAGCAAGCAAGGAAGGAGGCGGCUGUGGACAAGUGGAAACAGCUCUAUUUGGCUAUUAAGACUGAGCUCGAUGAACUCAUCGUGAGGACAAAUGAAGGGGGUCAAUUCUGCUGGGGAUCUGCACAAGGAGCUAUGGUGGAAAGCCUACAGAAAGAGUUAAAAGCAAAGGAGGAGGCAUUGGAAGCACUUAGAACAAAGCUUAUGACCAUAGAGAGAGAAGGAGAAAGAAGAGAGAGGGAGAUUGAUAUAGUUAGGCAAAGCCUUAAAAUUCUAAGUAAUACCAAAAGAAAUAGAGGGAGGAGGAACAUGAAGAGAAUUCUGCACAUGUGAAUGCUUCAUAGAAAUGGAAGUUUAUAUGCUUUAGAGAGAAGAAACACUUAUCAUCAUCCUGCAAAAGAGCACAAAACUCCAAAUAUUGAUUGCUCAUAUUUAUAUAUGUUCGUAACAGAUAUGAACAGUUUUAUCAUGUAUUAGUCAUAUAGGAAUAAAAUUCUUGGAAUAAACUCAAAGAGAUCAUUUGGUACCAGCUGCUUGAAUUAUGUUGAUUCAAAGAAAGUAAUGUAGAGUAUGCUUUCUAUAAAGCUGGAAUUUAGCUUGAGCUACCUUUAAAUUAAUGAUAUAUCUGUUAUGAAGUAAUGCAGAUUGUAGAAUAGGCAUUCUGUAAAGUUUUGUCUUCACUCAAGAGAACAAAAAUCAUUACCAGGUCCUU